GAGAGAGAGAGAGAGUACUCGUGCUCUGGAAUGAAGGCCGCUUGCUCUGACUUGCCCUUGUGGAGAGUGUGCACUCUGGUGUACUGAAGGGCCCCCCCACACACACACACACAGAGGUUGGUUGGAGCACUGCAGUGAGGGUUGCCCUGUGAAUCCCUGUGCCUGUGAGUGUGUGUGUGUGUGUGUGUGUGUGUGUGUGUGUGUGUGUGUGUGUGUGUGUGUGUGUGAUGUGUGAUAACGGAGAGUUGGAGGAUAAACCCCCCGCCCCCCCGGUCAGGAUGAGCAGCAGUAGUAAAGAUGGCGUCCCAAAACCGCUGCCCUCUGUCCCUGAGGAGAAAAAAACACGCAAAGGCAUCUACUCCAUCUUCUCCGCCGAGAAAGUAGGGAAGCGUAAGGAUAAGGAUAAGGAGAGGCCAGAGAUUUCACAUCCCUCAGAUUUUGAGCACACCAUUCACGUAGGGUUUGAUGCCGUGACGGGCGAGUUCACCGGAAUGCCGGAGCAGUGGGCGCGGCUCCUCCAGACCUCCAACAUCACCAAGUCGGAGCAGAAGAAGAACCCACAGGCCGUCCUCGAUGUGCUCAAGUUCUAUGACUCAACCGGAAACGGGAAGCAGAAAUACCUCAGCUUCACAGAUAAGGAUGCUCCCCCAGUGAAGAAGGGCUCAGAGCCGGUACCUGGUGGUGUUAAAGAUGAUGAUGAUGAUGAUGAUGAAGCUCCGCCCCCUGUGGUGGCUCCUCGACCUGAACACACUAUAUCAGUUCUCACUCGUCCAUCGAUGAUCGACCCUCUGCCUCCUCCAGAUGCCUCCAAAUCUGCAGAUAAACAGAAGAAAGGAAAAGGAAAGAUGACUGAUGAGGAGAUCAUGGAUAAACUGAGGACGAUAGUGAGCAUCGGAGACCCAAAGAAGAAAUACACACGAUACGAGAAAAUCGGACAGGGUGCGUCCGGUACUGUAUUUACUGCCAUCGACGUCGCUACAGGACAGGAGGUGGCUAUAAAGCAGAUUAACUUGCAGAAGCAGCCGAAGAAGGAACUGAUCAUUAAUGAGAUCCUGGUGAUGAAAGAGAUGAGGAACCCCAACAUCGUCAACUUCUUAGACAGUUUCCUGGUGGGGGAGGAGCUGUUUGUGGUGAUGGAGUAUUUAGCCGGUGGUUCGCUGACUGAUGUCGUUACAGAGACGUGUAUGGAUGAAGCUCAGAUUGCUGCUGUGUGCCGAGAGUGUCUGCAGGCACUGGAGUUCCUGCACGCUAAUCAGGUGAUUCACCGCGACAUCAAGAGCGACAACGUGCUGCUGGGCAUGGACGGCUCUGUUAAACUCACGGAUUUCGGGUUCUGCGCUCAGAUCACUCCAGAGCAGAGUAAGCGCAGUACGAUGGUGGGAACGCCGUACUGGAUGGCCCCCGAGGUGGUGACCCGCAAAGCGUAUGGACCAAAAGUGGACAUCUGGUCUCUGGGCAUCAUGGCUAUAGAGAUGGUGGAGGGAGAACCACCAUACCUCAAUGAGAACCCACUGAGGGCCCUGUACCUCAUCGCCACUAACGGAACUCCGGAGUUGCAGAACCCUGAGAAACUUUCUCCAAUCUUCAGAGAUUUCCUCAACCGCUGUCUGGAGAUGGACGUGGAGAAGAGAGGGAGCGGCAAAGAGCUGCUGCAGCACUCGUUCCUGAAGUUAGCGAAGCCUCUGUCCAGUCUCACCCCCCUCAUCCUUGCCGCCAAGGAGGCCAUGAAGAGCAGCCGCUAACCCCGGACAUGCCCCGCCCCAUCCCGCCCCCCUACUCUGUGUGUGUGUGUGUGUGUGUGUGUGUGUGUGUGUGUGUGUGUGUUAUCGUUUAUACGCAAUCAACCAAACCGCUGCAUGGUCAGAUGUGGGCGUGUCCUCCUAGCACACACUGUGUGUGUUUGUUGUCAUGGAAAUGCAGACAUUUGAUUAUUUUAUUGUUAUUAAAGCUAUUAGACAGGCUCAGCAGGUGUGUAUGUGUGUGUGUGUAUGUGGAGCCGCAGGGACGAUCACCAUGACAAGCACACGAGGCCCAUUGCUGGCCCCACCCACUUUGUAUAACAUUUGCAUAAAAGAAAAGAGCUCUGUAAACUUUUUUUUUCCUGUUUUGCCUGCCCCAACCAUUUUACAUCUCCAGCAUUGGGUCCGCCUCCUGUCAGUGUCAACAGGACGAGACCUGUGGAUGUAAACUUUACUGGAAAUCAAAGUUUAUGAAUUAAAAUGUUACGUUUACAAACACAGUGGAGUAAAGCCUGUCAGUGUGAGCGGUUCUUUAAGGUGUGUGUGUUUGUGUGUGUGUGUGUGAGAGAGAGAGAGAUUCCCAUUCCCAAUAAAAACAAAAGAUGAUUGUUCUUUCAGUAUUCCAGAAACACCUCCAACUCGGCGAUUAAAAGAAAACAAACUCACAAACUAAGAUUUAUAAAUCUAGACAUUAAUAAAUCUUUUUUUUUUUUUUUUUUUUACAUCAUCACCACUGUUGCCAUGGUUACAUCAGACACCACCUGAGCAUUGGUGUCAUCCCUAAAAAUUCUUUUUUUUUUAAAAAAAUCUUUUCCUUUUAAUUUUUUUCCUAUUUCUAUGGAAGUGCUUAUUAUUAUUAUUAUUAUUAUUAUUAUUAUUAUUAUUAUUAUCAUCAUCAUCAUCAUGGAGAACAUUCUGGAGCAUCACAAUGUCCUCUCUGGGCUUCUGUAGCACAUUUGGGGAAUGGAGGAGGUUGUGGAUGUUUUUUCAUUAUUUUCUUUUCGUUUCUCUGCCUGUAAUGUCUGUGUGAUCAUGUGUUGGGAAUCUAAUCUAAUCUAAUAAAUGGUUUUGUAUAUGAUGUUUUUCCAUCACUGCAAAAGGAACCAGGAGGAUUUUCUCUCUUUUUUUAUAUUUAUGUACAUGUAUAACUAUAUUUUAUAUUUUUCAACUAACAAUCUGAUAACUUUAAAUUAAACCUUUUUAAUUGUUACCUUAAAAUUUUAUAAUUUUUUGUGAAAUCUCCACGGAAUUCCACUCCGUGUCAGUCUCUCUCUCUCUCUGUCUCUCUCAGCACCACGUUGCCUUUUAUACAGAAACAUGAUCAAACCCACUCCUCUGUUUAUAAAUUAUUAUUAAAAAAGACCUGAGUCAGGA